GAGUCUAGAGAGCUUAAAUCCGGGAGAAGAGGCACAGUGUCUCGGGGCGGAGCGGAUUUCGCCUUGCGCGUCCAGCGCACGGCCGGGCGCCUUCAGAGCCCGGAGCCCGGCGUCCUCUCCGAGGGGGCGCAGUGGCCACCCGCGCCGCGCCCUUUGUCCAGCGCCACCUGCCCCUUCAGCAGCGUCAAGGAAGGGUCUCCGGUCAAGGACUGGGAUCUACGGCCAUGGCCGAGGCCACAGAGCCGGAGGGGGGCGCCCCGGGUCCCCAGGGGCCGCCCGCGGGCUCGGCGCUUCUGGCGGAGAGACUAGGCGAGCAGGAGGCCGCCGGCCCGGAGGCGGAGGGGGAGGAGGCCGGCGAGGGCGCCGAGGGGGCGCAGCGGGCCGAGGGGGCGGACGCAGCCGCGACGGCCGCGGGGAAGGAGGGAGAAGGCGCGGGGUCGGCCGGAGGGCGCGCGGGCGAGCUGGCGCCGGGCGCGGGCGGGGACGUGGGGCCCGAGACGCAGGGCGCGCGGGCUGCGCAGGGCGAGGCGGAGGCCGGGGAGGGCGUCCCUGCGGGCCCCGAGGCACCCCCGGGAGGGGAAGCGGCGAGCGGCGCGGAGCAGGUGGAGGAGGCGAGCCUCGAGCGCGGCGCGCAGAGCGAGGCCGCGGAGGAGGCUCAGGGGGAGCCCGGGGACCCCGCGGCUCCCGAGGCGGAGGGGGAGGCGGAGCGCGGGCCGGAGGAACCGGGAGGCGGUGCGCCCGGGGUGCCGGGGGCAAGCAUGGACGCGGAAGGGCCGGCGGAAGGGCCGGAGGGAGGGGCGCACGGAGCCCAGGGUGAGCCCCGGGACGGAGGGCACCGCAGCCCCCAGCCGCAGGCGGAGGCGAUGGAGGCCGCAGUGGCGGAGAGCGAGGAGCACAGCCCCGGGGAGCUAGCGGCGGAGCCUCGGGGUGCAGCGGGGGAGGCGGGGGCCCCCAGGGGAGAGGAGUCGGAGGAAGCGGCUCCCGGGGAAGGGAGGGCAGACGCUGGCGAGGACGGGGACCAGAGUGGGGCCCAGGAGGAGAUGGAGGAGACAGAGAAGGAGAGGCGAGAGCAGGGUCUGGAGGAGCCAGGCCAGGAUGCUACAGCCGGGGACGAGAAGGAGCCCCUCGACGGCAGCGCGGAUGGGGAGGCGGCCACGCCGACGGGGGCCGCGGAGCCGGAGGCCGAGCUCAGCAACCACCUGGCGGAGGAGGGCAGCGCCGAGGGCGGCGACGAGACGGCGGCGCGGGUGAACGGCGGCGGGGAGGACAGCGAGGCGUCGGAGGAGGGGGCCCCGGGGCAGGAGCACGACAUUACUCUCUUUGUGAAGGCUGGUUGCGAUGGUGAGAGUAUUGGAAAUUGCCCAUUUUCUCAGCGUCUCUUUAUGAUACUCUGGCUGAAGGGCGUUAUAUUUAAUGUGACAACAGUGGAUCUGAAAAGGAAACCCGCGGACCUGCAGAACCUGGCGCCCGGAACAAACCCUCCUUUUAUGACUUUUGAUGGUGAAGUCAAGACAGAUGUGAAUAAGAUCGAGGAGUUCUUAGAGGAGAAAUUAGCUCCCCCGAGGUACCCUAAGCUGGGAACUCAACACCCUGAUUCUAACUCCGCAGGAAAUGACGUGUUUGCCAAAUUCUCAGCAUUUAUUAAGAACACCAAGAAGGAUGCACACGAGAUUUAUGAAAAGAACCUGUUAAAGGCCCUGAAGAAGCUGGAUAAUUACUUAAAUAGCCCUCUGCCUGAUGAAAUAGAUGCCGACAGCACUGAGGAAGUUGCUGUUUCUGGAAGGAAGUUCCUGGACGGAGACGAGCUCACGCUCGCGGACUGUAACCUCUUACCCAAGCUCCAUAUUAUUAAGAUUGUGGCCAAGAGAUACAGAGAUUUUGAAUUUCCUUCUGAAAUGACUGGCAUCUGGAGAUACUUGAACAAUGCUUAUGCUAGGGACGAGUUCACAAACACGUGUCCGGCUGACCAGGAGAUCGAGCAUGCCUAUUCGGACGUUGCGAAAAGAAUGAAGUGAAGCUGGGUGUUCUCCGUCUUCUGUCUCAGUUGUACAAGCGAGGCUAUGAGAAGAUGGUGUUCUUUGCAUUUUCCCCCAGUAACCAUCCUUUGCAAAAUAAUGCCUAUAUUUUAACAAUAUCCAGGAUCCACUCAACACCAAAUCAUACGUGGCCUUGUAAUUUGUCAACUCACUUGUGUAUCUGAGUAAUCUCAGUAUCUGUUGUUAUCCACACCAAUUGCCCAGUUUAUGUUAAUGUACGUCUUUGCCCUUCACUGACAUUGUAACCCAUGAUAUUUAGGGCACGUGUUUUUCAGUUUGUUUCAAAGCAGAUUAAGUUUGGGUUCAAUUCCUCCUUCGAUUUAAAAAAUUUGUCUGUCUCUGAUAGUUUUCAUAAUCAUGCAUAGCCUGUUUUUCUCCUGUAAAAUAGUAGUUUAAUUUUUUUUUAGAAUGAAAAUACUGUUUCUGUAAUUACAAAAUGAUAUAUGCCUAUUUUAAAACAAUGUCAGAGAGUAUAAAGAAGAAAGAAAAAAAUCACCGGAAGUGUCACUACACUUGGAUAACUACUGGUGACUUAUUGGUGAGCAUCUUCCCCGGCUUCAGUCUCUCUCUCACACACAGACCUUCACAGCACACACAGUCUCAUUCAUGUGUGGUCUUGUGUCACUUUAUUGUAGAGGGCUGAGAGGGAACCUCUUGGGAAUGCCUUGAUGAUCAUCCAUAGAGAACACAAAACAAAGAGAUUCCGCACUGCAGAGCUAGAGAGGAUGCUUGUGAUCAGGUUUCACAGGGGUGAGAACUGUAGAGUCCACAGACCCACAGGGACCGGCAGGGACCAGGAGCCAUGGAGGGUCCCCACUCUGCCUUGUCACUGCCUCCAUAAUGCACUGCCUCUGGUUCCUGGGAAGGCAACGGGGGAGAGUGCCUGUCUGUGUCUUUUGUUCCAGCUCCCUUUCCGAUGCCUUCUCUUGCUCCAGUCCCUCUCACGGAGACCAUGCUUUCAGGAGGACUCUUAAAAUCAGCUGCAAGUUGGAGAAUCUCCCUGCCCGGUGUUGAAAUGUGAAUCAAGCACACCUUGAUUCCUUCUAAUGACUGCUCUCUCUAAGACCUAACACCGUACUUCUCCAGGAUGAUGGCGUGUGGGGCUAGCCUGGCUCUGUUGUUUUUCUGCCCUUUAUUAUCUCAUUUCGAGGUCAGGCAGGGAAAAUCCAAGGAGUUUAAGUUCGUGGUGACUACCCUCGGGCAGUUCUGGUAAGUGGUCAAACUGGGGAAGAAGUGGAAACUGUUGACUCAAAAGGGUUUUCUGGUUUGUCUGUGGCUUCCCCUCCACCAUCUUUGUAGCCAGCAUCUCAUCAACAGCUGUGUGUGUGGGCUGGGUUGCUGGGCUCCAACUCAAGGCAUGGAAGACAAAAUGGGAGGCUGUUUAGAUACUCAUCAAGACCUCACAGGGGUUGAGCAUUAUCUGCCAGGCUGUGUUGCUUUGACAUUUACGCACAUCUUACAGAAAACCCUCUUGUUGAGUUGGUUGUAGCGUGCGGUUGAUGCUAAAAUGCUCAUUAAAAAAAAAAGUAUACAUCUGCUCUAUGUCAAUUCAUUUGGAAGAGAGUAAAAUUCAUUAACAGUAACUGCUCUGGGAUUUAGUGGAAAAUGUCUAAUAAGAGAAACAAAGUCCUUGAUACUAUGGUCACUUUCUGUCCCUGUUACUGGCUGCUACAGAUUUAUCUGAGCGUGAGAGACUCCAGCAGUCUGCUUUCUUUUUUAGCCAUACAGUUUUGGAGGUUGUGUCUAGUAUGUGUCACUAUUGUUCAUGUUUCACAU